AUACCACUACUUCUAUUACUUUCCACAUAUUGCUAGGGGCGAGGCUAAGAGGUUGGCUCCUCUACAUCGCGACAUGGCUGCUGCAACAAAUUUGUCCUAUGUUCACCCAUGUCUCACUCAUCAUUGCUUCCAGUCCAUGACAAAUACAAUGUGAAUGCCUACAUAGAUCAGCCAGAUGCAGAUGAAAGAAUUAACAUUGAAAAGUACAGCCCAGACUGGAUUAAAAAUCCACUUUUGUCUGAAUAUGAUAAUGAUGAUGUAAAGCCAGUGCUUGAUGACAGAAAGAGACAAUCUACACCUGUGACUACUGCAGUCCAACCUCUGCUCCCACCCAAUUACACUCCUGACCCAGACCCUGUUGCAGCUCCUCGUCCUAAACAACCCUCUUUCCCCACUCCAUCCAACCAUAAUCAUCCUCCUUACCCAUACUACUACCACCCUUACUACCACUACUAUCAAAUGUAUUAUGGACCUGAAAGUUUACAGAACGCUGACAACCAUAUGUCUCCAGCUUCAUCCAAAGAAGCUUCAGACCCUCUGCUUCAAGCAUCUUCUUUCCCAGUGCAGCACCCAUCCUAUUGCAAAUUUCAAAUCACUACUUUGCCCAAAGAAUCAAUGUAUGAUGAUCAAAACAGCUGCUUACAUCCUUACUGCUACUAUUACCAACUCUUCUACCAGCCUAAAGUGUCCAAAGAAAACCAAGAACUACCUCCUGCAGGCAGCAUGGACUCUGAAAAAGCAUCUUCAAAAUCAGAAUCUCAGCUUCCCUCAGACUCUGAAUACAGCGGGAUGGAUAUACAGGUUCAUGCUGCUGAAGCAGGACAUCCCAGCAUUCCCUGGCCACCGCAUAAUCCCUUCCAUAGCUUCUAUUCCCAUUAUAUGACUCAGCAGCAUCAAUAUGAUCUUAUUGGGCAUCCUGGUGAAGAAGCAGAAGAGAUGCUGGAUUAUGAAAUGACAGAUCGCCUCAAGGCCAACACGUACAUGCCCUCUGCCUCACCCUGUGGCCUUGGCCCUGUGUCAGAUUUUGACUGCAGUGAGUCUUUGUGCUGCUGUAGAUACCCUGUGAAGGUGUCUGACUCUGUGAUGGAGCCCACAGUGGCCCCUUCUGCUCAUUCCUCUGAGAACAGUAAUGUAUCCUGCACAGUGCAGUGGCUGAACUCUCACCCUGACAUUUACAUUGUGCCCCUGGAUGGCUGUGGAGUAAACAAACAUGUUUUUGGUCAGACAGUGGUUCAUCUGUUGGAAGUCCACAAUUCUGUGCAUGAAAACUCUCCUGUCAGGUUGAUGGUGGAUUGUAGUUCCUUCCCAGGCUCUCUAGGUGAAUUAAGGCUCCACCUGAUCGAUCAACCAUCUCCAUCUCCCAUUCAGUCUAGACCAGCUACCGUCAAUGUGCAACUGAGAAUUGCAACAGAUGAGUCCUUCACCAGCUACCACCCUGAAGCUCAUCUGCCUCUCAGUCUCAUGCGAGGCAGACCACUUUAUUUGGAAGUGAGCCUGCUGGACUCCACAGAGCCCAAUCUGGUGCUGUUGGUUCACUCCUGUCUGGCUUAUACUCAAGCUCAAUAUACCAGCUGGAUGCCCAUUUAUGAUGGCUGCCCCAGCCGGGUUGAGUCACAGCUGCUUCCUUCCCUACGUUCUGACUCCCACCAUAUCCGGAGGGUCCUAAUUUCCAGCUUCCUCUCCCUACCCUCAGAAAGUCCCACUUAUAUGGCUAAAGGAGGAUACUCUCUCCUGGAGGAUCCAGAGAUCUACGUUUUGUGCUUGACAGAAGUGUGCUCUGCUGCAGAUAGUGACUGCAGUGUCGGCUGCAUCAACAGUUUGUUCAGCAAACUUGAAGCACAAAAGGGGAAAUGGGAAGUGGUUUAAUAGUUCAUCAGGAGGCUAACAAGGUUCUUAUAUAUUCAUCAGAAAUACAAUUGUCAUAAUUUGAAAGACACAAGUGUAUGUAUAUAUGCAUGUAUGUGUAUAUAUGUGUGUGCAUGUAAAGUAACAUAGCCACAACCAAUAAUUCAUCUGGGAUUUGCUACACAGGUCCUGCACGGAUAUUUUGGCUACAUAAUUUUCUUUCACAUUAUCCAAUUAAGUCAUAUUUAACUUUGCAUUCCAUGAUUUGAAAAACCUUUGAUAACAUGGACAGCUAAAAGCACAACUACAAAUUCUAAACAAUUCAUCAAAAGGGUGAAAUCACGAAAACUGUGGGGAAAAAUGGGAUUUAUCAGCUUUGGCUUCUCAGAGAUGUCAGUGUUGUGGAGUCAUAUAUCACUUCAUUUACUUAUUUUUUCCUCAUAGGUCCCAACAGUGAUGUGUGAACAAUGAAAUAAAGACGCUUUUACAAAACUG